CUAUAAGGAGAUGUAUUUCAAAGCUGCAAUCCUCCACUAUUACUUUGAUGUUGACUUGACACCUGUUUUCUUUCUGAACAAAAAGUGUGCUAAAUCCUUCUCCGUGUAAUAAGCCUGCCCCUGAUCAGUUAGUCUUCAUGUAUGUCCCAGACAACCCAAAACUGCCCCCAAGUCCUGUAAAAUAAACACAGCAGUGUUUAUAACCCUGGCCUUAAUAAACACACACAAAUACCAGAGGGAGGAGCAGAGGUAACAAAGAGCAGUCACCUCUUGUGCUGGUUGUUCUGUUCUACUCCAGUGAAACUCUGCCUCUCUUCCACACAGGUAAGUCUCUGCUCCCCCAGCCCACGAGCUCAUUGCACCAACACAUACCAGGAGGGCAGGGAGGUCUUUUGACAUCCUUGUUGUAUGUUCAAGUAACUGUGCCUCCAACCUUCAAAGCUUUUCCUAAGCAUCACUUCUGAAUCAUUGUGUAACAGGCAGAUGCUCUCACAGGCUGGGAUUGUCACAGACUUGUCACGAAACAGGAGAGAGACCAGCCUUGCCCAUGAGAUAUUUGGAGAUGAAAAUUGUCUUAGCAGUGCCUAAGGAAAAGAGGCAACUACAGAUCCUGGGAUGACAGGAAGUGCCACAGGGGGUGGCUGGCAGGGUGAAAUGUGUGAAGGGUGUACAAGUCCUAGUCAGGUUAUCACAAAACAGUAUGGUGAUGGAAUCUGAGCUCUAGUGAGUUUUAAUACACUGUUAUAUAAAUAAAAGUGCACCAAGGAAAGUAAAUCCAAGGAAUAGAUCAUGGUUGUACCAGGUUGUUUGAGAAUAAAACUUGAUCAGAGAUACAACAGGGAUGUCUGGAAGAUCUCUGCAGUCUUGAAGUGCUUUGAUUCAGAAACAGUGAGAGAAUCAAGCUGUUAAUGUCCACUCUAUUGUGUUAAGUGGAAAGGGGUCUAGAAAUAAUGGCAGGAAGUCACUAAGCUGCAAAAAUAUGCUACCUAUUAAAAAAUGGGGGCUGAUGGAGCUGUGGGUGAGGCAAACCCCACAGGUGUGAGCCAUUUUCUGCCCUUAAGCUCUGGAGCUGCAGCUGGGGUUGGAGAAGUUGGUUCCACUGUCUCCAGGGCUCCUGGGGAAUCAGUGCCCACACACAGGUGCUCCAGGUGAGCCCUGAGUGCCAGGGAGUGGAACCACCAAUGGUGGGACAGAACCUAACGACUUUCCAAGGUACACCUGCACAUAGUUAAAUAUAUUGUGAGCUGAGACCCACCUGACCCCUGAAGAGAUCGUUGUAAGGAAGCUCAAGGAAGGCUGAGGAGCACUCAUCAUCUGCUGGUCUCAAAAGGUAUGUGAUUUUUAGAUUUAAAAUCCUAAAUCUGACAUAAUUGAUAAAACUGAACAGAUACAUUCUGAGUGCAGUUAUCUGAGAUUUUCCCAGCCUGAGGUCUGUGUUAUAUAGAUUAAGAGGUGUAAGCUUGGGCUUGUGCUAGCAGGUAAUACUUGGCUUUUUGAUUUUCCAGAAUGAACUAGAAGGGGUAGGAAACUCAGCAGGGCUACAAGGAUCUUGUGUGGUUAUGCAGGGAGAAAACUAGAAGGGCCAAAGCCCAGUUAAAGCUUAACCUGGGUACUGCAGUAAAAACAUAAAAGCAACGGGACAAACAACAAAAGGAGGGCUGGGGAGAAUCUAUGAAGGGUGUUGGGGCACCCUCAGUAAGAAGUGGUUGAGUCACUAUUCCUGGAAGGAUUUAAAGGAUAUAUAGAGGUGGCACCUGGGGAUGUGGUUUGGUGGUGGGCUUGGCAGUGCUGGUUGGGCUCUUAGAGGUCUUUUCCAGCCUUAAUGAUUCUGUUAUUCAAAGUAGACAAAUCACCCCUCCUGCAUGUGUAUCAGCAAGUAAUUCUAAACCUUUCCUCUGUGCUGCUGCUGAUUUCCCACUUAAUAAAUAUUCCAAAUGACCUGGGGCUGAAGUGCAGCUCCUGAGGUGCUGUGCUCCAGGCUGUGCCCGCUGAUUUCCCCCGAGGAAACCUGUGUACAGAAGAUGAGAGUUCUUAUUCUAAGAGAGUUAUUUGGCUGUGGGCUGCAGAACUGCUGGUUAGAGUCUCUGCUUUAGCCUGGGGCUAUGGGCACUGCAUUUACAUUAACUGUGCUUAUACAGACUGCCCUUAAAGCUGGAUAAAGGACACUUUACCAGCUUCAUUCUCUGGGUUCUUAGUGUUUUACUCUCAUUGCCCCUCUGCUUGGUUAAUCCAGCAGAAUGCCAUGGUUGGAAACUUAGAAAUACGAAGGUUUCAUUUCCAUAACAUUUUAAAUUAUUAAACAACAUGUGGAUAUUGAGGUCACUAAGUAAGACUGGGGAAAAAUGUUGUUCCUUUUGUUGGUUCUAUAAAUGGUUGUUUCUUACUCUCCUUUUGUAAUAAUUACUAUCCAGAGCUAUUUAAUUAUUGAUCCCGUGGCUCCAGCUGGUGUGACAGUGUGAUUUAUAAAGCAGAGCAGCACCUGAGGGACACAAAGGCAACUGUUCAGGUUCUGGGCCUGAGCUGAUGGUUGUUUUCCCAGUGCUUUGGAUUCUCCUCAGUUUUCAGGAUCUCGAGCUCUGUGGUUCCUUGAAGCUACACUAGUCAUGUACUUUGGUGUAGUGUGGUACUUUAUGUAAUCAUUCACUCAGGAAUCAUUUUGUAGGGAAAAAUGUUGGAAUAGUGCAGAAUUCAGUGGUGAAUGUGGCUUGUUGGUGUGUUCCCUUAGUAUCUGGUCAAAACAACCAGCAAAGGCACUGGGCUGUUCUGCCCCAUCUGCAGCUGCUCCUGAAGAGCCAGCCUGGGUUGGUGCUUUACCUCUGUGUGAACUGAACUGGCUGCAACUUGUCCUCUCCUGAGCCUGUUCCAUUGGUUCCCAGCCCAGUCCUGCUGAUACCCUUUGAGAGAACAAUGGCAGAGGGCACCCCUUGUUUUAGUGGCACAUUCCCUGCUCCUGCUGUUUGUAGGGGAACUAGGGGCAGCUUUUUCUCAUGCAGAUUUACUGGAGCCACAGUCUUAUCUUAGAAACUCUGGCUUAGAUCCUGUCUAAAAGCAGCAGGUUUUUAUCAAGAUGUGAAACAAGUGUCAGCUGGGAGGAGUCCUGACUAGCCUGAACCAGAAACCUUACCCUCAGCUGUGAAGGCAGUCUCUGAUUUGCUUAACAUGGGCACUGUGUAACAGGAAAAGUCCAUUUUUAUGCAAUUAGAAAAGUUAUUAUUCCUCCUUAUGUCCUGGAAAAGCACGUUUUUCACUUGGGGAGUUGGACAACAAUGGAAAACACUCUAUGAUCCCAUUCUCAGCUCUCUGAACACAUAAUUCCCACAGAGCUGAACAGGGGAGCCACCUUCCCUGCAUCUCUGAGCAUUCAUUUCUGCUCUACAUGUGCUCCAUGCACCAAGUCCAAAAUGGUGUUUUCCUUCCUUUCAGCUGAGCUGAGGAGGCCUUUAUCCAAGUCAGCAGUACAUAUGUCCACACAUCAGAACAUUCUCAAUUACAAGCUUAAGUUUCUGUGGGCUUUCACUGUAUGGCACAUUCUUCACUGUCUUAAACUUUAUUGUGGUUUCCACGGUGAUCUUUCCUGAUGCAUCUCCAGCCUUUCCUACAGGAUGCUCAGCAGUGUGGGUGGAGUGGGAAAGGCAGAACAACUGCUGUGUGAGGAGGAACACACUGGUGCAUUGGAUGAGGCUUAUGGGAAAGAGUUACACACUGGUCCUCUUGAAAUGGGAGACAGCAAGUUAGGGAAUGCUGUUUGAGUAGCUGGCCAUGUUGAAAAGGAGAGAUGAGAGCUCUGCUUCUCCUGACUUUUCCUACCAUUUCAUUACAGUAAAAGCCAACCUGUUGGGUGCUGAGCUGUGGAUGCUUUAGCAAAGCCCUUGUAAUGCUUUUGUAGUUUUGUUAAACUUGUAUUACUGAGACAAAGAGGGUUCCAGUCUGAGGACAAACCUUCCCCUGCCCACUGCUCCUGGCUCUGCAUGAGAGACUGGACAGGUCAUGGAAGUUUGGGUUUGCUCAUUUAUAAAACUGGUAUUGUACUUUUAGGUAUAUUUUCUUACCCACAUAUGCAUACUUAUAAAUUUUUCACUUCUGCAGAGGAGAACUGGCUCAUAAAACCAAGGUAACACUACACUUAGUUGCUGCUUUUCCUCACCUGCUUUGGGAUUGGAAACUUCUCCCUGCCACAGUGGUGGUUUUGGGAAGUUGAAAUGUGCAAUGCAGCCAGUAAUAUGGCACCAAAAUAGGUUUGGUAUUGAUUAGUAUCCAGAGACUAAACCAGGGAAACCACUGCUCUGCCUGGUGCUGUUGUUUAAGCUGGAGUGUAGCUGUUCCACCAGCUGCCAAGAUCCAAGCUGUUUUCUUUGAAAACCUAAGGGGUUUUUUAACUUUUACACUGAAUUUUGGGCCUUGACCUGUAUCUUGGUGAGUAAUUCUUAGCAUCCAACUUGUGGGAUGUCACUCUCCUGUCAGAUUUCGGUGUGAUAGAUGGUUGCAUGUUUGGUUUGGGUGCCAUACACAUAAAUAAUACUCCUUUGAUGUCAUGGUAGCUUUCCUGUCCUGGUCUUAAACCACCCUUUUAUUCCAAGAGCAUUUUAAAAUUAUUGGUUUUGUUUCUGUCUAAGUUUAUAAUCCUCCAUUUCUUCUCUCUUCUGUGUUUUGCAAUUUUCAUACGUGCUAAAUGUUUCCUUCUCUGAGGGUUGUGUUGAUGUGCAGUGGCACCCCCCAUAGCCAGGGCCAAGGCAGCCAGUCCCAGGAGCUGCACUCUGCCCCUCGGGGUCCCUCCAGCCCUGCAUGUUCUGGGAUCCCAGGAGUUAUUGCAGAGCCUUUCCAGAAGCCAGGCUCUGUCCUCCCACAGGUGUAUCUCAGUGAUGCUGCAGAGUUUUUUGGGGGUAGAAGUUACUACACAGGCACAGUUAUUUGCCCUCAAAAGCAGUGAGGAGCUGGAAAGCUGAAUCCAGCUCUAAUGAAUGAAGUCCCAAAGCUGGCAGCAUUCAGCACUUUCAUGGGCUGGGGAUAUUUUCUAGCAAGAAAAUUAAUUUCUGAGACUUGUUGACAGAAACAUCAGGAAUGGAUCUGCUGCCUUUGUCUCCACCCACCCCAGCCAAGAGUGGGGGGAAAGAAGCAGCUUUUUUAUAAAUAGCUCCGUUCCUGUUGUAUUUGUAAAUUUGGUGCUUUUUGUGUCAGUGACAUCACCCUCUUCUCCAUGGCAACCCCCUCUGAUAGCAAAACUGCAGGGCACUGCCAAAGGAACUCAAACCAGCACAUGAACAGGUUGAAUUGAGAUGAGUUAAUUGAGAAAUAGUGCAGGGGCAACAGGAGGGGGUGGGAAACAGCAGCGAGGAGGUUCCUGCCAGCUCUGCUGCUCUGGAAAACUGUCCCCUGGAAUGGCUGGUUCCCAAAGCUCUGCCCCAUCUCCUCUUUGUGUAAGUCCCUGUCAGGAGGAGGCAGGUGGAAGGCAGGGAGGCAUCUUAUUCCCCAUCUCCUGUGUGUCUGGAGAGCAGCACUACAGGUGACUAAGCAGGAGGAGCAUGGCUGACUCACUCCUGAGUUAUUUUCUCACUCCUGUUCUCUUCCCCCUCCCAUCUUUUCUGUUUGUUUUUUAGCCUUCACCCGACAGUUUGCAUUUUUCCCCAGGCCCUGAUGUGAAAGAAUUAGCAGCAGGCUUUCUUGUUACCUAAUGUUCACAAAAAUGUGCUUGUGGUUAUCCACGGGGGAAAUGGAAGCCAACUCCAAAAGCAAGAAAAAAGAGUUCUCUGGAUAAAACACCUCCAUCUUAAAAAAAAAAAUAAAUGUGCAUCUCCUUUCUGAAUUGUUGUUCAGGAAAUACUAAAGUGACUGACAUGCCAGAAAGCUGUAAAUAACUGGCUUCUUUAUCAAGAUACCUGUGGAAAACACCGAAUUGCCUCACUGGCUGCCCUGCUGGUCUUGACUUGAUUUCUGACCCAGCUGCAGUGGGGGAAGCCAUUGCACUUGCUGCCUUGACUACAGCAUUGGGUUCUGCUGGUUUCCACUUGGGACUGAGGAGCAGGAACGUAAUGGUUCCAGCUGCUUCAAUCAACUUCAUAAAUCUGUCCUCAUUUACACACCUAUGAAGUCUGAAGCCUUAGAACAGUUUCCCUUCCUUCUGCAGGGUGCCAGGAGACCUGGUGCUGAAAUUUAGCCUGCAGAGGUGUCAGCCUUGUAUUAGAGUUGGUGUUUUUGUGACACAGAGGGACACAUGUUGGUCUUGUGUAACUUGUCUAAGGUUCCCCGAGUCCUGACAUCCAGAGAGGGGCAAGGCAGCACUCCCCACCCUGGGAAGGAACUCUCUGAUGGGGUAGCACUGCACCUGCCAGUCAUGGCCUGCCAUUUGCAGGGCCCAGGAGCCUUGAACCACAGACUCUCCCAGUGUGAGGCUCUGCUACUGCAGCUCCCUCCCCAUCCCAGUGUGAAGCCAAGCCUGUGAUUUCCAGGCUUGGUUGAGGGGAAAUGCACGGAGUCUUUCCACACCGAAAUAUUGAUGAGUAUCUUGCUCUUGCCUUUUGUGCAAAAUGCCACUCAAGGCACUGUGCCAUCCUCUCUGCUGAGCUCACAGCAUCAGCCCACGACAAGAAAGGUCCCAGAAAACAUUGACUCACUGCAUCCCAGCAUCCUGCCAGGGGCUGUGUCUGCAGUGAGAUCUCCUCAGCUGGAGCGAAGUUCAAUGGAAUGGAUCACUGUGAGGCUGUUUUACCUUCCCUGAGUGUGCUGCCACCUGUGCUGCCUGCCAGGACAAGGGCUGGGGGGCACUGGGGUCGCUGCCAGUGCUGGGCAGGACGCAGCUGGAGCUGGGGGUUUGCAUGUGCAGGAGGAGCUUUCUGGAGAAGCUUUCAGAUGAAAUUGCUGAGAAUUUUUGCCUGAAGCAAGGGAUGUUUCCCAUGUUUAAGACAAGCAGUAACCUGCAGUUAGAAGGAAGAAGGGACUGAAUUCACUCCAGAAGUAUUUCUCCAGGAUCUUUUUUUCAAGGAGGCAAAAUGAUGGUUCCUGCCUUGAACUGGAAGGUUUUUAAUUGGCAUGGUUUGAAGAAAUGUUGGUGAAAGCAAGAGAAAGGAGAUAGGUUUUUUAAGCAUCUAUCUGAAUGGCACCUGAACAACCAGUUUAUUGCUGUUGAAAACUAUUUGUGGAGAGACCAGAGGAGAGGUCCUUGUCCCAGCUGCAGGAAAAACCUUAUUUAAGGGACCAAGAAAGAAGACAAAGAGGAGAAGGUGAGAUGGUCCCAGGAGGCUCUGCUUUCAGCAUAUGUCGUUUUCCGAGGCUUCUCUGUGCCGAGUGCUUCUGUGUCCCAUCUGCUACCACACCCUGAAAUCAAACUCAGCAGCUUAGGUGCACCAGGCACUGUACAAACAUGUCAGACUUGCCUCCACCCCUUUUUCUACUCCCGCUUUUUCCUGCCGUCUUUCUCUCUCAAGUUUAUCGGCGUGUCAGCGGAUUCUGGUGGCGGAGUAUUCCCACCUCACCUCUGGGCACAGAGCAAUGAGGAGUCAGGGGUAAGUGCCCUCCUGCAGAUUUGGGCAUGGACAUUGACAUGCUUGCUUUAAAGCCAUAACAGCCAUCCUAAUGGCCGCUGUUCUGUGGGAUCUGUGCCCUGUGUUUACAGAGGACUGGGUUUGUCAGUUUGAACUAACGUCUCCACUCCCCAGUGGCUGUGCUGCCUUGGCUUAACCCCUUCCCUUCGGAGCUGAGCCGUGCCACGGAUCGGUGUAACGAUCGCACGUGUGUUGGCAGUGCCAGCCCGGGGUGAAGGGAGAGCAGAAUAGUUCGAGGGGUCAUACAGUUUUUUCUCUCAAGGGAUGGUUCUGAACAGGAAGAAAAACCGGGAGCUGGAUUCCUUUGCGAAGGAGUUUACUUCAUCUUUGCUCCUAUAGCCCAGCAACACUGUCCUCCAAUCGGCUUUGCUGCAUGACAGUGGGAGAGUUUGCCUCCAGACCCUUCUUGCUCCUCUCCCUUGGAAUUGUCCACCAGCAGCAUUGUUGCAACAGGACUGCCAGACACUAGUGCUUUAAUGCAUUUGGGGACAGAGCACUGAAAAACAGAAGAGAAAUUUGUGUUCCUCCGGUCCUGUAGGAAGAGUUCUCCUCCUCUCCCUCCCCUCUCGGAGCUGGCCAGAGCAGUUUGGCGGAUGAGCUGCGGGAGGACUUGGAAAUGAUGGGACCGGCUUUGCUGAGCCCGGGGCCGGAGCGUUCCCUGCGGUCCGGGCGGGAGGAAUGUAGGGAGCUGUGUCCAGAUCCGCGAUAGCGGCGCGAGGAGCCGAUGACCGAUCCCUCCCCCUGCUCUGGAUCCGCUGGCGGUGGGAUUUUUUUCCCGUGCUCACUGGCAGAUGUGUCAGCUUUGGGAACUGUAUCAUCCAGGAACAGCUAUAUCUGGAGUUGAAAAACCUAACGUGGUUUCCCAGGCAGCAGGAAUGGAUCGCUGAGAGAAUUUCAAUCUCCGACUGCUUUUGUCUUGUGGCGUCAUGUUCCGCAAGAAGAAGAAGAAACGCCCGGAGAUCUCGGCUCCGCAGAACUUUGAGCACCGUGUCCACACCUCGUUUGACCCAAAGGAGGGCAAAUUUGUGGGCCUGCCCCCCCAAUGGCAGAACAUUCUGGACACGCUGAGGCGCCCCAAGCCAGUGGUAGAUCCUUCGAGGAUCACGAGGAUGCAGCUCCAGCCCAUGAAGACGGUGGUACGGGGCAGCACUGUGGAAGUGGAAGGCUACAUCUCGGGGCUGCUCAACGACAUCCAGAAGCUCUCUGCCAUCAGCUCGAACACCCUGAGGGGCAGGAGCCCCACCAGCAGGAGGAGAGCCCAGUCCCUGGGGCUCCUCGGGGAUGAGAGACCCCCGGACAUGUAUCUCCAGAGUCCUGAAGCAGACUGGGCAGACAAGUACGGGAACUACCUCAGCUGCAAUGGUGGCUCCAAGGUGGCCCGCAGGCAGACCAUGUGGCCGGACUACAAAGCCCGGCUGGAAGGCCAGUCCCAUCCCAACGGGAUGGUGACAAAAGCGCAGUCCCUGGGCCCGGCGGAGUUCCAGGAUGCCGACGGCAGCUGCCUCCAGCGCACCCCUGCUGUGCCGGGGGACAGCGACACCGGGCCGAGGAGCCCGGAGGAGGGCUGGGCCCAGCGAGCAGCCGGCUCCAGGCCCUCGGGGGAGGGCAGCCCCAGCUCCAAAUCCCGGGAGAACAGCCUCAAGAGGAGGCUGUUGCGCAGCGUUUUCCCCUCAUCCAGCGCCUCAAACAAGCCGGGCUCUUCCCUGCAGAUCAAGCCUAACGCUUUCUUCAGGCCCCAGCAGUGGGGCUCCCCGCGCAGCCCUGCAGCCAAAGCCCAGUCUCUCCCGCCAGAUCCGCCCGCCUCCGAUUUCCCCAGGGGGGUCUCAGAAGCCGAGACCCCCCAGAAGUCCCCGGCAGUGGAGAAGGCGGCGGCAGUGCCCCUGAGCCGGCCCUCGCCAGCUGGGUCCCCCCGCAGCCGGCACACCCAGACCAGCUCCAGCAACCUCCACCUGCCCCCGGACUCCGCUGGGAAGGGGCAGCCGGCCGGCGAGGACCCCGUGGUGGUGACCCACGAGCAGUUCAAAGCUGCCCUGAGGAUGGUCGUGGACCAGGGGGAUCCGCGGGCGAUGCUGGAGAACUACGUCAAGAUCGGGGAGGGCUCCACGGGCAUCGUGUGCAUCGCGCGGGAGAAGCACUCGGGGCGCCAGGUGGCCGUGAAAAUGAUGGACCUGAGGAAGCAGCAGCGCCGGGAGCUCCUCUUCAACGAGGUGGUGAUAAUGAGGGACUAUCAGCACGUCAAUGUCGUGGAGAUGUACAAGAGCUACCUCGUGGGAGAGGAGCUCUGGGUGCUGAUGGAGUUCCUGCAGGGGGGAGCCCUCACAGACAUUGUGUCUCAAAUCAGGCUGAACGAGGAGCAGAUUGCCACGGUGUGUGAGUCGGUGCUGCAGGCUCUGUCCUACCUCCAUGCCCAGGGGGUCAUUCACCGGGACAUCAAGAGUGACUCCAUCCUUCUCACGCUGGAUGGCAGGGUCAAACUCUCAGAUUUUGGCUUCUGUGCUCAGAUCAGUAAAGAUGUACCCAAGAGAAAGUCCCUGGUGGGUACUCCCUACUGGAUGGCUCCAGAAGUCAUUGCCAGGAUACCAUACACCACCGAGGUGGAUAUCUGGUCCCUGGGGAUCAUGGUGAUAGAGAUGGUGGAUGGAGAACCCCCCUACUUCAGUGAUUCUCCAGUCCAGGCAAUGAAGAGACUCCGAGACAGUCCUCCUCCCAAACUGAAGAACUUCCACAGGACCUCCCCAGUUCUGAGAGACUUCUUGGAAAGGAUGUUGACUCGGGAUCCGUUGGAAAGAGCAACAGCACAAGAACUUCUGGAUCAUCCCUUUUUGCUCCAGACAGGACUUCCAGAGUGUUUGGUGCCCCUUAUCCAACAGUACAGGAAGCGCACCUCCACCUGCUGACUCUGCCUGAGGGGAAAUUGUGGGGAAAAAGGAAUGUUUAUAAAAAAAAGAAAUCUAAAAAAUGAAGAGCCCAGGUGGUUUCAUCCUGUGAAUGGUGCUUGGAGCUUGUCAGCGAUGGUUUUAGAGGAUGAGUGUGAAUCCUGUCCGUGCAUUUGCAGCCUUCUGGGGCUUCUCCUUUGCUGAAGACAAUCAAUACAGACUAGAUCCAGGUGAGACCAAGGAUAAAGCGGGUAUUCCAUGCCUUGGGAAUCACUGCUGCCGGAGGAUGGCGUUUGAAGCGGAGUCUGAAGUUGUGUAUCUGAAUGUCUGUGAGUUUCUGCACACCUUGGCUGCUGACCACUGAACUGGAAUGAUGUUUCCCAGUUAGAAAUGUGAUCUUUGCUUCCUUCAUUCUACACUGGAGUCCCGUGCUGACUCAUUUUGGGGCACAGACCCCUUUAAACUGUCAAACAAUGCACAAAGACUUGAAUUUUUUUCCUCUGAGACUUUUUCACAGACGAUUUUAAUUUCCUUGGGUUAAAUGUGGACCUGGAAACCUGCCCACACUUCCCUCGGGAGUGAUGUGAUAUGUAUAUAUUUGUUUCUAAGUGGCUCUCUUGCAUCAACAGGCUUCUCUUUUGCUGCGGAAUGUGUAUGGUUUAGUGGUCAAUCUUGAAUCCAUUUCAUGAUUUUAAGCUUCUGGAAACCCUUGAACACAGGCCUCCAAGUGGACUCUGUGAAGACCAGGUGCUCCCACCACCAGGUCCUUGUGGUUGACAAUUCACCACGUGCAAGACCUCUGGUGCUGGCUGGGGUGUGGGCAGCCUGCUCCUGGGGCUGCUUUCCAGGCACCUUUCUUUCCCAGCUCCUUCUCCCAGGAGAGGCUGAGAAAUGCUGCCCUGAGGCAGUUGUUGGGUGGCAUUUUGGGGAUGCUGUAGGAGACAGAAUGGAAAAGUUUGAGCUGUGCUGCACAUCCCAGGAUUGAUCUCUGUGUUCGGGGGAGGUGUUUGUCCAACCUCCAUCUCCCUGCGGCUGCUGCAGGAUGUAGGGAGACACCUCUGCUGUCUGGCUGUUGGUCUGCCCUUCCCCACCAGCCCUUGGCAUCUGGAAGGUUUCUGGUUGUCUAAACAGCUCUUUGAGUUCUUUUAACAUAGUUUUAGGUAUUUUGUGUGCUACACUCUCUGGUCAGUGAGAUCCUCAAGGUAAUUGGACUCUAGGUCAGGAUUAACAUUGUACAGUGACGGUGUGUGUUGUUGUGAGGUCUCAAGAAUAUGCUUUUGCAUGUGGAACUGGGAUUUUGUUUUGAAACUCCACAUGCAAAUGUACUGGAAUUUAAGUUAUUCUCGGGACAGUCCUUCUGUGCCAGAAACUAACCUCAGAAUUGCAUUUUCUUCAGAAGAUGUUCAUAAUCUCUGUCCUCUGCUAUUUGCUCCAGUUACAGAUCCUGCUUCAAAAUUGAAGCCACAGUUGAUUACUUGAAGUAAUUUGGGACGGAAUUGAUCUGCACUGAUGCCAUCACAGGGUGGGCACCCAGUCUGUGGAGCGUGUAGGUUGGCUCUAUAUCUGUGGGGAGGGAACACCUGUGGAGGGGGGCUCACCCCCUUGUCUCAGACACCUGCUGAAGGAUGAAAUCACUCUCUCCCUCACCUGUGGCAGGUAGAGGGGUCACAGGGGGUUUGCCUAGACUGGAUGUCUAAGUUUGGGGCUGAUGGAGUUGAUUGAAAUUAAUUCAUUUAGCUCCUCCUUAGCUGCACUGGAAAAUUUUUGACUUAAAAUGUUUAUGUAUUUCAGAUAUAUUACUUUUUUUUUAUGCAAAAGAGCAGGGCUUGGAAAAGAUUUAUAAUUUGAAACAAACACUCCUGCUGGUCUGUAGUUGUGAAUCCUUUGCACUUGUGUUUUAAAUUAAAGUAGAUCUUGAUUUAUUCAUAA